AUGAUCAUCCCCGUGCGCUGCUUCACGUGCGGCAAGGUGAUCGGAAACAAGUGGGACACGUACCUGGACCUUCUCCAGGCGGACUACAGCGAGCGCGACGCCCUGGACGCGCUCGACCUGAACCGGUACUGCUGCAGACGCAUGUUGAUGUGCCACGUCGACCUCAUCGAGAAGCUUCUGAACUACAACACGCUCGAGCGCGUGGACGCGAACGCGCAGCAAUGA